UAUGCCCCGAGUAGUUUACUAGUUUCUGCUCUAUAAUCUCCGUUUUUCUCUGGGCUUAGGCCCCGUUGGAAUACCCAAAAGCAAAAACGGAUGUAUGAACCCCCAAAGCAGAGCGCCGCGGGAAUGAGUAUUGAUGGAUUUGAGGCAGCACGAGAAAAUGAUUGGAAAAGCAGGUGAACUAGUUAGCAUUUGGGCGUAAAAUAAUAGAAUUAUUUGAUUGAACGGUGAAGGAGCAUUGACAUGGGGCUUGUCUCCAUUCCAGGUUUAAUUAAUUAGCGAUGCCCGUUUCAAGGUUGGUGCUGUUUCCCUCGAGGCGCCACGCUCUCACUGCUCUUCUUCCCAGGUUUGUUCCAUCUGUGAGCUAUACCAAGUCGACGCCACACUGGAAAGCGAAGUCCAAUGGCCGUUCUGUAUACCCUAGUGGACCGCCAUCCCAGCCUUCUAGUUCCUUCGCUACUUAUGCUCUUUCAGCUGCUCUUCUAGGAUUUGCUGGCUUUGCUGCUUUCUUUCAUUACAACGAUGAGAGGAGAGCUGUUCCCAAAGGUCAUCAACAGGAUGAUAGCCGCAGCAGAAAUAUUAUCAAUGGACCCAUAAUUGGAGGUCCCUUUUCGCUUAUUAAUACAGACAAACAAACAGUUACAGAACGUAAUUUUCUUGGGAAUUGGGUUCUUCUCUACUUCGGUUAUACCUCAUCCCCUGAUAUUGGGCCAGAGCAAGUUUUGAUCAUGGCCAAGACAAUUGAUAUUUUAGAAUCUAAAGAACAUCUCAAGAUUUUACCGGUGUUUGUUACUAUUGAUCCUCAACGUGAUACUCCCUCGCAGCUUCAUGCAUACCUUAAAGAGUUCGACUCUAGAAUCAUUGGAUUAACUGGGCCUGUCACAGCUAUUAGGCAGAUGGCACAAGAAUAUCGUGUUUAUUUUAAAAAAGUUGAAGAUGAUGGGGGCGAUUAUCUUGUUGACUGUUCCCAUAGCAUGUAUUUGUUAAACCCCAACAUGGAGGUUGUGCGAUGCUUCGGAGUAGAGUAUAAUGCAAAGGAGUUGUCAGAAGCUAUAUCGAAAGAACUAAAGAGAAAACCCUUGACUGUAUAAUCCAGUUCAAUAUUACUUUUAACCGUUGAUUUUUCCCUUGUGAGAUCCCAAAUAAUUUACAUUUGAGGAAGCAACUUUGGCGGUUCAAGAAUGAAUUCAAAUGUCUUAUCAGACUGGCAUAAAGGGGAAAAACAUUUGCGGUGGCGAUAUGAUCUGUACAAGAUCUCAUCAUUUUAACUUUGGUUGAUGUCUUCUUUGAUAACAUUUUGAAUAGAAGCUUUACACUCGGAUGUCUGAGUUUUAGCAUUGAUACCUUAAUCUAACACAAUUUUUUCCUCAA